UAAAAAUUCAGAGGCAUUAUAUAAUAUAUUCAUGAUCUUAUAGGUAACUACAUACUGAUUAAAACAAAAUGACCUUCAUCAAUGAACAAACGACUGUAGUAAAUAUUUUACAAGGCACUCUACAAGGCGGAAUAGCAAGAACAGAUAAUGGUGUACAAUACUUGGAAUUUCUUGAUAUACCGUACGCAAAACCACCAAUCGGAGAAUUAAGAUUUAAGAAUCCUGAGCCACCACAACAUUGGGAUGGCGUAAGAGAUGCCACCAAAAUAGAUUUGAAUCACAUAUCGUGUCAAUAUUUUAAUAAAGUUGUACAAGGUUCUGAAGAUUGCCUUUACCUUAAUGUAUACGUACCAAAACUACCUCCAGGACAAGAUACAUUAUUGCCUGUCAUGGUGCACAUACAUGGUGGAGGCUUCCUUGAUGGUAAUGGUACCAAUAAAUACGACUUAGGACUAGACUUCUUCAUAGAAAAAAAUGUUGUAGUUGUAUCAAUUAAUUAUAGACUGGGCAUACUAGGUUUUCUGUGUUUAGAUAUUCCAGAAGUUCCUGGUAAUAUGGGAUUAAAAGACCAAAUUCUAGCUCUGAAAUGGAUACAAGAUAAUAUAGAAAAUUUUGGCGGAAACAAAAACAAUGUAACCCUUUUUGGAGUAAGUGCUGGAGCAGCAUUAAUUGAUUAUUUAUUAUUAGCUCCAACAGCACAAGGUCUAUUUCAUAAAGCUAUUAUUCAAUCGGGGAGUAGCCUAAAUCAUUGGACUUUUAACCAUAAUAUGAAAGAUCUCGUGAAAGAAAUUCUGCACGAUUUAAACUAUUCUGGGACAAAUAAAGAUAAAUAUGCUAUUUAUAAGUAUUUACGAAAUGUACCUUUUGAUAUAUUGACAAAGAAAACGAAAAAAAUAGUCAGAGGUUUUAGUUCAACGAGGCUCUAUUUUGGUUUCGUACCGACGGUUGAAAAAGAUUUUGGUGAUGGACAAUCAAUAAUUACUAAAAAACCAUACAAAUUAUUUAAAGAAGGCAGAUAUCACAAAAUACCUGUUGUAAAAGGAUUUUGUGAUAGGGAAGGAUAUUUGACUUUAGGUUGCAAAGAUAUUUUAGAGCCCAAAACAUUUUUUGACUUGUGGUCUUGUCAACUACUGGGCAAAGACAUAAUGAAACAUAGUGCAGAAUUACGUGACAUGUACUUAGGAACUGCGAAAACUGAGGGCUAUGAUAAAUACGCUGUCGAGUUUUUCAGCGAUUUCGAUGUUGUAUCAGGAGUCUGGUUGCAAGGGAUUAUCUUGGCAAAUCACAAUGUCCCCGUAUACAUGUAUGAGUUUUCCUACGAUGGCAAUUUAAACUUUGUAAAGUAUUUACAUAAGAUCGAAAAGGAGGGAGCAGCUCAUGCGGAUGACAUGGGAUAUAUGUUUAAAUUUCCUUGUACGCGAGAACCGACUCAAGAGGACAUCGAAAUGAGAAACACUUUGACUACUCUUUGGACAAAUUUCGCAAAAACUGGCAAUCCUACACCUGACAACGAUCUCUCCAUUCAAUGGCCGAAAUUUACCCCUGAUUCACAAGUAUACCUAAACAUUAAUUCUAAUCUCAGUAUAAAAUCAAACUAUGAACCAAAGAGAAUGGCUGUUUUCAAAAAAAUAUAUGAAAAGAAAUUGUACUUAUAAAAUACCUAGUACAUAUAUAGAUUAUAUUAUGAUAUUAAAAUGU